AUGCUGCCCUGGAGGCGUAACAAAUUCGUGCUGGUGGAGGACGACGCCAAGCGCAAGGCCAAGAGCCUGAGCCCCGGGCUCGCCUACACGUCUCUGCUCUCCAGCUUCCUGCGCUCCUGCCCGGACCUGCUGCCCGACUGGCCGCUGGAGCGCCUGGGCCGCGUGUUCCGCAGCCGGCGCCAGAAAGUGGAGCUCAACAAAGAGGACCCGACCUACACCGUGUGGUACCUGGGCAACGCCGUCACCCUGCACGCCAAGGGCGACGGCUGCACCGAGGACGCCGUGGGCAAGAUCUGGGCGCGCUGCGGGCCGGGCGGGGGCACCAAGAUGAAGCUGACGCUGGGGCCGCACGGCCUCCGCAUGCAGCCGUGCGAGCGCAGCAGCCCGGGGGGCCCCGGGGGCCGCCGGCCGGCGCACGCCUACCUGCUGCCGCGCAUCACCUACUGCGCGGCGGACGCGCGCCACCCGCGCGUCUUCGCCUGGGUCUACCGCCACCAGGCGCGCCACAAGGCGGUGGUGCUGCGCUGCCACGCCGUGCUUCUGGCGCGGGCGCAUAAGGCGCGCGCCCUGGCCCGCCUGCUCCGGCAGGCCGCGCUGGCGGCCUUUAGCGACUUCAAGCGCCUGCAGCGCCAGAACGACGCGCGCCACGUGCGCCAGCAGCACCUCCGCGCCGGGGGCGCCCCCGCCGCCUCGCUGCCCCGCGCCCCGCUGCGCCGGCUCCUCAACGCCAAGUGCGCCUACCGGCCGCCCCCCGCCGCCGAGCGCGGCCGCGGGGCGCCGCGCCUCAGCAGCAUCCAGGAGGAGGAUGAGGACCAGGACGAGGACGCGGGGCCGCGCGAGCGGCCGGAGGUGCUCAGCCUGGCCCGCGAGCUGAGGACGUGCAGCCUGCGGGCCGCCCCGGCGCCUCCGCCGCCCUCGCAGCCCCGCCGCUGGAAGGCCGGCCCCCGGGAGCGAGCGGGCCAGGCGCGCUGA